AUGGAAAACGAAACAGGAGAGGACUCCCGGUCGUUAGAACGGUCGGGUGCAGAGCAGAUCCAUCCUCCGCCGCCCCUUUCCCCCACGCUCGAGGAGAAUGUUCGUAGGCUGGCUUCAAGCUACGAGGAGCCGAGCACCUUCACUGGUGUUGACAAUUCGAGCAACGCCCGCGGCGGCAAUAUGUACACCCAGCGUCUCCAUUCCACCGCAUCCAUGCCCGUAAAUUACUCCAACACGCCAUUUCAAGACAGAAACGGCCGUCUGAGGCACCUUGCUACGGCUGCCGUAGCAUCUCCUGCUAUGGCGUAUCAACAAUCGUACUAUCCCUCAAAUGAUGAUGCAGCGAGAUACAGGACUCGCACCGUUGGUGAAGGAGAGGAUACGGAGGACGACACUCUUCCGGGAUGGCUAAGCUCUCGUCCUUCGCAAAGCUUCCCACGCUCAUCAGGAACGCAUUCACAAAUGACGGAGGGAUACACUGGCGCCCCGGGACAAACAUUCCAACAACAAGCUCAGACACAGCAUCGCGGUGGGACCCCGAGUACAUCACCCUUUGCAACUCCCCACCAACAAACCCACAUGGGAAGGUCCACCAUUCCGCAUCGGGGACAAGGAGCUAGCGUAGAGCGGCGGUCUUCAGGACCAACCCACCUCAUGACAGCCUAUCCAGUCGCUGGUGAAGACAGAAUGGCGCCCGAACCACGCCUAGCCCACCGAGCGGCCAAUUUUGCCUCACAGGGGGAGGAUCCGUUCCAAGAUUCUGACUUGGAGCUGAUGAUAGGAGCGAAAGAGUAUUGGGCUUACUGGCCUCGCACCUACUAUCUCCCGCUGCCUACUAUCAACCUGUCUGCUGGUAAUACUCUUCGGUUUUAUCUUCCUGGAAGCUCCACUGAUCAGCGAGCGCGGUUCAGGUCGAGCCAACCAACUGUCUUGAAUCCGUCGGCUCUUGCACAACCUCAGCCAAAUCUCCAACCUUUCGGCACUCUCCCGGCCCAAGGUCCCCCUAUUGAUCCGCAACUCCUCGCGUACGAAGCAGCUGGACCAGCAGAAACGGACAGUGAGCGUCUUCCAGAAGGUGGUGAUGAAACGGGCGAGGCUUCAGGUUAG